CGGAGCCCCCCGGAGCCCCCCGGAUGCACAGACCCGGCCUCGAUGGGAGUGAGGUGAGCCUGGACACCCGGCCCCACGGCCCCCCUAGCCCAGCCUACGAGACCCUCUGCGGCACCCCGCCGGGGCCCCAGGCCGUGCCCAUGGACCUGCGCGUGGGGCAGCGGCCCCCACCCGUGGAGCCCCCCGCCCCAGAGCCCCCUGCCCCGGAGCCGGCCCUGCUGGCCCUGCAGCAUACCCAGCGCCUGCAUCACCAACUCUUCCUCGCCAGUCUGCAGCCUCGCCGGCCGGAGCACAUACGGCUCUCCCUGGAGACCCCUGGGCCGGAGGUGCCGGCUGGCCAGCAGGAGCAGGAGUUGUGCCACCUCCUCCACAAGGACAAGAGUAAACGUAGCGCCGUGGCCAGCGUGGCCGUGAAGCAGAAACUGGCCGAGGUGAUCCUGAAGAAGAAGCAGGCGGCCCUGGAGAGAACCGGCCACGCCAAUGGCCCCAGCAUCCCCGGCCCCAGUAUCCCGUACCGAACCCUGGAGGCCCUGGAGUCGGAAGGAGGAUCCCCUUCCAUGAUAAGUGGAAUCCUGCCUCCGGUUCCCAGCCUUCCCAGCGAUCCCCCAGAGCACUUCCCUCUCCGCAAAACAGUGUCGGAGCCCAUCCUAAAGCUGCGCUACAAGCCCAAGAAGGCUCUAGAGCGGAGGAAGAACCCACUGCAGCGCAAGGAGAGUGCCCCACCCAGCUUGCGGCGCCGUCCCACCGAGCCCCUCGGGGACUCGUCCCCUAGCAGCAGCAGCACUCCGGUGUCUGGUUGCAGUUCCCCCAAUGACAGCGAGCACGGACCCUGCCCCGCCCCGGGGCACGAGGUGGAUGGUGACCGCAGACCCCUCCCUGCCGUGGGGCCCCGAGUGCCAGUGCUGGGGGCCUCCCACGCCUCCCUCUUCCUGUCCCAAGGCCUUGAGCCGGAGGCUAGCGGUGCUCUGCCUUCUCGCCUGCAGCCUGUCCUCAUCCUGGAGCCUUCAGCCUCGCAUGCACCGCUGCUAGCUGUGCCUGGCCUGGGGCCCGUGCCCUUCCACUUUGCCCACUCGCUCCUCUCGGCCGAACGACUCCAGUGGCCCGGCCCUCACCGGCCCCUGGGCCGGACGCGCUCCGAGCCACUGCCCCCCAGUUCAACCGCUCGACAGCAGCAGCAGCAGCAGCAACUGGGCUCCCCGCAGCCUCGCGGCCUGGAACGACUCAAACAACACUCACCUCUGGGCAAGUGGCCCGCGAAGCCCAGCGAGAAACCCCGACUGCAGCAGAUCCCCUCCGCCGAGGACCUGGAGGCGGAUGGAGGGGACGGACGAUUCGGGGCGCGGGACCCCGAGGGCAGGGAGCUGGUCCUGGGACGGCUGGAGCCCGAAGGCCCCUCGGAGCCCAUGCGGCGGCACCUCGGCCACAACGCCCAGCAGCAGCAGGUCUUCCUGAGGGAGCCGCCGCGGGUAUCCAGUCACCCACCUCGGGUGGCCCCGGGCAACCCCCUGCUGCUGUCUUUCGCCCAGGGCGGGCACCGGCCCCUGACCCGCGCCCAGUCCUCUCCGGCUGCACCCGCCUCGCUUCCCUCCACCGAAGCUUCCAGCAAGUCUGGGGGGCUUCCUGGGCCCGAGCCCCCUGCCAGGACAACCGCCUUCACCACCGGGCUGGUGUAUGACUCAGUGAUGCUCAAGCACCAGUGCUCCUGUGGGGACAACAGCAACCACCCCGAGCACGCCGGCCGCAUCCAGAGCAUCUGGUCCCGGCUGCAGGAGCGGGGGCUGCGUAGCCAGUGCGAGUGUCUCCGGGGCCGGAAGGCCUCGCUGGAGGAGCUGCAGUCUGUCCACGCUGAGCGCCACGUGCUGCUCUACGGCACCAACCCGCUCAGCCGGCUCAAACUGGACAACGGGAAGCUCGCAGGGAUCCUGGCCCAGAGAAUGUUUGUGAUGCUGCCCUGCGGAGGGGUUGGGGUGGAUACAGACACCAUCUGGAACGAGAUGCACUCAUCUAACGCUGCCCGCUGGGCAGCCGGCAGCGUCACCGACCUCGCCUUCAAGGUGGCCGCCGGGGAGCUGAAGAACGGCUUCGCGGUGGUCCGCCCCCCGGGUCAUCACGCGGACCUCUCCACGGCCAUGGGAUUUUGCUUCUUCAACUCGGUGGCCAUUGCGGCUCGGCAGCUGCAGCAGAAGGGGAAAGUUGGCAAGAUCCUCAUCGUGGACUGGGACGUUCACCACGGCAAUGGCACCCAGCAAGCCUUUUACCAGGACCCCAGAGUGCUCUACAUCUCCCUGCAUCGCCAUGACAACGGCAACUUCUUCCCCGGCAGCGGGGCUGUCGAUGAGGUGGGGGCCGGCAGCGGCGAGGGCUUCACCGUCAACGUGGCCUGGGCCGGAGGCCUUGAUCCGCCCAUGGGGGACCCGGAAUACCUGGCGGCUUUCAGGACAGUCGUCAUGCCCAUCGCCCGGGAGUUCUCACCGGACCUGGUCCUCGUCUCCGCCGGGUUCGAUGCGGCGGAUGGCCACCCCCCACCAUUGGGCGGCUACUGCGUCUCUGCCAAGUGUUUUGGGUACAUGACACAGCAAUUGAUGAGCCUGGCCGGGGGGGCCGUGGUGCUGGCCCUCGAAGGGGGGCACGAUCUGACGGCCAUCUGCGACGCCUCCGAGGCCUGCGUGGCCGCCUUGCUGGGCAGCACGGUGGACCCCGUCUCCGAAGAGACCUGGAGGCAGGCGCCCAACGCCAACGCCACCCACGCUUUGCAGGCCGUCAUCCGCGUGCACAGUAAAUACUGGGGGGCCAUGAAACAGCUUUCGUCCUGGCCCGACCCCUGGGACCCAGAGCCCCUGGCCACCGACUCGGAGGAAGUGGAGGCCGUGACGGCAUUGGCUUCGCUCUCGGUGGCCGUCCUGGCCGAAAAGAGGCCACCCGAGCAGCUAGUGGAGGAGGAGGAGGAAGAGCCAAUGAACCUGUGACAGCUCAGGACAGCCCCCGCCCAGCACUCCCACCGGACUCCCCCUCAAAGCCCGGGGCGGGCACGACUCACGGGAGCAGAGAGGAAGUCUCGAGGCCAGAAGUAUUUCUGUGUGUCUGUAUGUUUGUGUGAGUGUGUGUGCGAGAGAGGGAGAGAUUGUGUACCCCCACCCCACCCUGUGUGGGUGGCAUUAGUUUUUGUUUAAAAAAAAAAAAGGAAAAAAACCACAAAAUUGGAACAAUAAAUGUUUAUUUGCUUUUAAAACA